GUCAUUCUUUAAAAUGCAGUACUAUUAUACGUAUUCGCUAUUAUUAAUAUUUUGCAAUAUAGCAAACUGCGCUAAAAUUUUGGGUAUAUUUCCUUGUCCUGGAUAUAGCCAUUUUAUUUUGGGGGAAAAGCUUUUCGGAGAAUUGGCUAAGAGGGGACAUGAAGUGACUGUAAUAAGUGAAUUUGAGCCGAAUGAGAAAAUUGAAAAUUAUGUAACAAUCAAAACGAAAAAGUCUGAGCCAUUCGAUAACGAAUUUGUGCUAACGUGGUCAAGAGCAAAUCCAUUUUUCUUGAAUAAAAACUUUCUAGAUAACGGAAUCAAACAAUCAGAAGACUUUCUGCAACAAAAAAAUGUUCAAGAAUUUAUCAAUUCCAAUCGCACAUUCGACUUGGUAAUCGUAGAUAAUUUUAUCAACGAAGCUCAUAUGGCGUUUGCAGAACAUUUCAAGGCACCUUUAGUAGUUUUUAGUUCACAGCCUUUGAUGGAGUGGAAUUAUCAUUUUGUCGGGAAUGUAAAAUUACCUUCGAUUAGUCCUCAUUAUGUAACAGCAUACAAAAACCAAAUGAGCUUUUUCGAAAGAUUAAAUAACCUGAUGUUAAGUAGUUUUGAUUUUGUUUACAAAGAAUUAAAAUAUUUUCCAGCUCAACAAGCUUUGGUUGACAAAUAUUUUCCGAAUAAAAUGAACCUUAAAAAUGUAUUUACAAAUACCGAAAUGUUGUUACUGUUUUCACAUCCUUUGACCACAGGGCCAGCUUUAACGACAAGUUCUGUAGUAGAAGUAGGAGGUUUUCAAAUUGAGUCUAAAAAGCUUCCCAACGAUGUUCAAACCGUCUUAGAUGGUGCUAAAAAUGGAGCCAUACUUGUUAGUUUGGGAACAAAUAUACAAUGUAAAAGUUUGUCUAAGGAGCAGCUCAAUGCGUUUUUGAACGUUUUUCGAAAAUUCCCUCAAACGAUAUUGUGGAAAUGUGAACUCGAAAUACCUGACAAACCUGAUAAUUUAUUUUUGUCAAAGUGGUUGCCACAAUCACCUAUUCUUGCUCAUCCCAACACAAUCGCAUUUAUCACUCAUGGCGGUUUAUUAAGUGUUACUGAAGCGAUUCAUUAUGGAGUACCUAUGAUUACCAUCCCCGUUUUUGGAGAUCAAAUUAUGAACUCAGUUAGAAUUGAGAAAAAUGGUAUUGCUGAACGUUUGGACUUCUUAGAUUUAACUGAAAACAAAAUAUAUGAAGCUGUAAGGAAAGUUACCACAAACCCAGAAUACAAAAAACAAAUGCAGAGAGUGUCAAGAAUAUUUAGAGACCAACCGUCUAAGCCUUUAGAUCGAGCAAUUCAUACAGUCGAAUAUGUCCUUAAAUACAAGCCAGGAUCAUUGAUAAGGAGUCCCGCUUUACGUUUGUGGUGGUUCCAACUAUAUAUGCUUGAUGUUUUAUUUUUUAUUUUUGUAUUCAUUUUUCUGUUCUAUUUAUUGAUAUCAUUAGUUUUUAGAAAACUGAUGUUUAGUGCAAAACAAAAUAAAAGAAAAACUGCUUAA